GAUGAUGCAAGCUGCACGUUUCUCCUUGUUCCUUCUUGUGGCCAUGGAAGCAUCGAUCGGCUGGCUGCAGCCGCUGCGGCUGGGGUUGCAUUCUUCCAGGGGUCCAGGGGCACUGACACCGGGGAGGGCGGACAUGGAUUGUGUGUAGGUUGUCAGGUUGUAUGCUGUGUGUGGUGUGCUUGCCCCGGACUUUUCCUUGCCCCAGACUUUGCACCCCCAAGAGAUCUGCAGCCGUGCAGCAUGUACAACCCUUGGCGGGUGAUGUCAAGCACAUGUCUGGGCUGUAAGACGGGGGCGCCUUUCACUGGAUCUCGGGUCAGUAGCACAAGGCGGAGGAAGUCAGCGGGUGUGAAGGGAUGAUAUCAAUGGCUUGGGAGCGAAGAAGAGUGCUGAUCAGGCCGUCAGGUCGGCCUCCUUCUCCCCCCCUCGCUUGAUCGGUCGGUAUACCCAACGAGUGAUAGGUGUACCCUCGCCCUCGCCGGCCCCGUCACGCAGCAGACGCGGCGCAGCCAUCUCCCACCGGGGGGCCAAGCAUCUAGAACAAUCUCGCCCGGGGUACCGGGACCUCCAAGACACGGGCAUUGAAAAGGCACUCACUCCCUCCAGGCCAGGUGAUAAUACCCAGCCAGAGUUCCCGCCAAUACUAAUACCUACUACUACCUACUCUGUGCUGGUGCUACCGUCGCACUACCCCGCCGUCGGAUUGUGUCGCACAGCUCUUAGCCUUGACAGCUACUGCUUACCGUUGGCCGUGAUUUGCUUUUCCCCAGCUCGAGCUCUACACCUACCUGCAAGGUCGACACAACACCGGUGCAUAUCAAACAAGCCCGGUGUGGCCCCCAGCAGAGAGACCCGAGCUUCGGACGGGCUUCUCAUAUCUCACCCACCCACUCACUCACUCACUUACUCACUCAUCACUUUCCGAGCAAAACCCCCCAAUCCCAGUCUACAAGGCACUACCCCAACAUGUCCUCCUUCUCCAGAGCUGCCGCCGCCGCCUUGAGAGCCGUCGGCCGGCGGCCAACAUUAGCCCCAGCUGCCACCACCAAGAUCCAGAUCCGCCCCUACGUGAAGGAAUCGCGACAGAGACCCCAGGCUAGCAACCGAGACAAGAGCGAGCCCACCCACGCCGGCACCUUCGCCCGCACCGACGACAGCAUCACCGUCGAGUACCCAGAGGACCAUGAGCUCCCUAGCUCGGGGCCCAUCGUCGGCGCCGGCCGCGCCGGCCUGCACGUCUACCCUACAUUGGCCGCCUUCUCGCUGCAGGGCAACGUCGGCGUGGUCACCGGCGGCGCGAGGGGCUUGGGGUUGGUCAUGGGGCAGGGGAUGGUUGUCUCCGGCGCUGACUUGGCUAUUGUUGACAUGAACAAGGACGAGGCUGAGGUGCAAGCCCGGGCCAUCAUGGACCAGUUCAAGAAGGAUAACCCAAACGCAAAGAAGUCCCCAAAGGUGACGGCCCACUACGCCGACGUGUCGGACCCGGACUCGGUCACCGCGUGCAUCGCCGACAUCCUCGCGCAGCACGGCAAGAUCGACAACCUCGUCACGUCUGCCGGCUUCACCGAGAACUACAACGCCACCGACUACCCCAUCGACCGCAUGCGCAAGCUGUUCGCCGUCAACGUCGACGGCACCUACCUCUUCGCCACCGCCGUCGCCCGCCACCUCAUGGAGCGCGAGGCAAAGGGCAGCAUGGUCUUUAUCGGCAGCAUGAGCGGAUCCAUCGUAAACGUGCCGCAGCCCCAGGCACCAUACAACUCAGCCAAGGCAGCCGUCCGCCACUUGGCCGCGUCUCUGGCAGUCGAGUGGGCGCACGCGAACAUCCGCGUCAACUGCAUCUCUCCGGGUUACAUGUUGACGGCUCUCACCCAGAAAAUCCUCGACGACAACCCGGACCUCCGGAAGCAGUGGAUCUCGCUCAUCCCCCAGGGAAAGAUGGGCCAGCCGGAGGACCUCAUGGGCCCGUUGACAUUCUUGUUGUCGGACGCGGCCGGCUACGUCACUGGUGCUGAUAUUCGUGUCGACGGUGGCUAUACCGUCACUUGAUCCACGAUGAGAAUUAUGAACUGUUCUGUCAGUCUUAGUCUUGGUAGUGAGUCUUGGCUUGGUCGUUGGUCUUGGGAUGUUUGGCGUUUAGGGGGCAAAAUCUGGAUGGUUCCGCGAGCGAGAGAACCCUAGUGAGUAAUCGUUCUUUGGGGUGGCAGUGUCCUUCUGCACCCGUGUAUUACUGUCCAAUUCAGUAACGUCCUCCUGACAACUCGAUCGAGCCGCAGUAAUUUGUGGUGAUCCAUGGAAUAUCCUGCAGUGUUCAGGUGUUUCCAGUAAUGUUUCAAUAACCCUAGAGUCCGCAUCCUUGCGUGUGCUUUGGGCUCUGCCGCAGUCUCUCCCGUCUUGUCAUUUGAAAUAAUAUGGAAUCAUGCCAGUGAUGCCGACAUGUCCAAGUCUAGGCCCCUUUGGAUUGUAUGAGUCCCGCUACUCUUGGGCCUACACAAGUAGGUGGCGAGAACCACCAGGAGGAUAGGAAGAGAAUUCGCGGUAGACCGGUCCCGAUCUAGAGACUGGGUAGGACGCGAGCGUAACCUAUUGAGCUGAGGAUCGGCCUGACUCGAAAUAUUGACCGUUGAAGAUUUUCAACGGCACGGCUUGAGCGGGGCGCACCACUGCCUUUCUGACGGCGUCGAACCGAACCAUUGUUUGGUCAGGAUUGUUGGGAAAGGGCUUGCCACACAGCCACACUGCCACUGUCAGCAUCACGGCCGUCUGUAGGCCCGUCUCCAUUUCUGUAAGGCCUUGGGCAUUUGCAACCCCAAGGGAAUCCUGCGUUCCCCAAUCGUGCCAAUCCCCAGAUGCAGUGUCCAAGAGUCUGGAAUAUCUCAUCUCUCGGCCCGUCUUGGCUGACUGGAGGAGCCGCUAGUACAUCGGUUUGCUCCGGACGGGACCAGCGCGAAGGCCGAUCGAUGAGAGGCGUUGUGGCGGCGCGCGUGCGUCCAACGAGGUCCAUGCCCGACCCUCCUGCUGCCCGUCAACCUCCCCCCCUGCCUGCCUGGUGGGCUCUCACCCUGUAUCUGGAGAUCUCUGGUUUGACAUCUCAUACCUCCCGGUGUGGUGGUUGCUCCCGACCUGGACUGUCAGUGUAAGCCAUAUCGACACCAGUGGUGCUGUUCUUUGGCGGCAAGGAUGAGACAGUUUGCCGGGGCGUUCCGUCCUCCCGACAAUGGAUGGGGGCAAAAGUGCCCCACGACACAAGUCCAGCCGGGGUCCAAUGUGGCCAGCUGGUUGCCGUGCGAGGCGAUGCGUCUAGACCGGCUGCGACACUUGUAUCGACGCUACGAGAUCAGGAGCAGAGUCGAAUCGACAACACAUCCGCUUUUGAUGAUCUGUUGGGAUUGUAGGCGAGACUGCAACCCCAACAGGAGUUUGGCCUGGUCACUGCAUCCACAGCUCCGGGGCCGCGGAGGAGGGAGGGGGCAUGGGGAGGAGGCAAUAGAAGGGGGUAUACUAUAUGCAACAGCAUGUCACUGCCUGUCACUGCCGCAGCUGUCUUGCGCAUAUGAGGACACCAUCUUUUGAUUGCCGUCCUGGAACUGGACGUUCUCGCCAAUCUGCGAGUGGGUUCCUGCAGAUGUCGCUUUGUGACCCACACAAGCCCAAGUAGUGUGUUUUCUCGAGUGGUUUUUUUCUGACAUGUGAAAGGGAAGCUGGGCCAGCGAUAUUCGGCGCCUAGUGUAGAUACGCAAUACGCCGAGCUUGAACCAAGCGGCGCGUCUCGGGGGAACUCACGAAUCAGAGCACUGUUUUCGAAAAGUGGUGGAAUAUCAUGGCAAGUUUUCGCAUUUCUUGUUCUGUUUUUUGUUUUCUAGAGGGGGAGUGGCGGCCAUAAGUUCGAGGCUUGGUUGACUAUGCCAACCAAACAACUGCACCUUGCGACAAGUGGGAGCGUCGAAUAGCGUCCGGUGCCCCGGCGGGCACGAUGCAAUGAUGCUUGGAGCGUGCAGAAUGAAAUCCUUUGUCGCCUGUGUCGUCACAGCAUUCAAAGCUGCCUGCAGUCAUGAAGGCGCGGCGCAGAGUGUUGCACCGGGGAAAACAAACACGGGCAAGUCAGAUGCUGCGCUGCCGGGGCCGGUGUGACUGGGAGUUCGUAGGCACAGGUGUGUUACGGGCGGGCUGGGCUUAGAGCUCGGCCGUGGCCAGAUUCUGUCCAGAUUUGGCUGCAGCCGUGGGCACCACUGUGUACUUCCAAGGACGAGCGGCCGUGAUACACCACGGUGCUCCAGGGUGGUGAACAGCGCUGAGCCCACCCAAUGAGAGCCUCGCCUCGCGGCAGCUACAUGAGAGAUGCCAUGUUGCGCCGAGAUUUAUGGUCACACGACCUCCUCUGUUCUCCGCAGUUUUGAUCAGGCGACCCGCGGCAAGGCAGGACCGAGAGAUUGCAUGGUUUACCAAAAUCUGCGAGCGGGGGCUUGGAAGCUGACGGCACCAUCAUGACAAGCGGAAGGUGUCAGGGUGUUCGUCCAAGUUACACGGCGGACAGAGAGUAAGACAGCUGCGUCACGAGAUACGACCAAGGCGCCAGGGUGCAGCAGAAGGAAGCGUCCGGCGCGCGGGCUGGCAGGCGGUGUGUCUCGGCCAGGCGAGGGCAGUUUGCAAUGCCCAAUGGCACGGGGCUGGACCCUUGCAACGGGCAUGCUCAGCUUGCUUGUACGCAUUUUUGCCACCUUCGAAGUUUGGUUUGCGUCGGCUGGUAGGAAGCUGGGAAGCUGGGAAGCUGGGAAGCUGGAAGCAGGAAGCAUUGCAAGGUCAUGGUUGGAUAUGUAAGAGCGCAGGUUACAACUCACAAGUCGAAGCAGGACCAGCAAUCCCCCUGCCAAGGAACACGGGCAAGGCCAUGCCCUCCGGGACACGAUACCGCACAAUGCCACGCCGCCUGGUCAAGGUUGAGCCUGUGCACGAGGCUGUCUCAAUCGCAGAACCUCGUUGGCUGGCCAGCCUGGUCAGGUGGACUGAAAGUGGUACAAGCCUUGGCUCCGUGCUGAAGUUUGCUGGCUGGCAGGCAUAUUGGAACUGGAUACUCGGUACAGAUGCCGCGGCGUUGAGGACUGGGGGAUGGCGUGCUGUAGCCUAUAGCCUGUUAGCAGGCCUGGGCCUCAUCGGUGGUCCACCUGCCCA